UCUACAUGUCGUUUUAUGAGAAAUGGAGGAGGCGCUUUGUUAUUCAAGCGUUUUGACGCGCAUUUUCGUGAUUUCUGCUUGGAGAUCAAUGUAAAAUACAGCUGGAAGAAAUGUUGAUCCGUUCGAAGACAGUACAGAUCGUGUUCACUGGAGAUUUUAAUGCUUUUUUGCCUUCAUGAGUGGCAUCAGUGAUUCCGUGGUUCGGCCUCGGACCGGGCGGGUCUUGGUAACUGAAUUAAGCGGACCUAUUAAUCCAACUCCUAAAGUAAAAUAUGAUUAUGAUGAGCCCGAGACAGAGGUCGGUCUUUACCUGUCUCCAAAGCACCUGAAAUUACUUUGCGGAACUCAGGAUCUAUCUCAAGUGACCUCACUGGAGGUUUGUGUGAACACACAAGAACAAACCCUGGGGAAUUUCGGUGCCCACUUGCCAAAGCUUGCAGAGCUCAAAUUAGACAACAGCGUGAUCAUGUCAGUGAGAGACCUGGGAACUAGUCUCUUUUCCCUGCAAGUGCUUUGGAUGUCACGAUGUUGCCUUCAAGACCUCAACGGCAUCUCCAGCUUGUUGUCUAUCAAGGAGCUGUACUUGGCCUACAACUGCGUGUCAGACCUGAGUCAGAUCGGCUUGCUGGAGCACCUGCGUCUGUUAGACCUGGAGGGGAAUGACGUGGAUGACCUCAUACAAGUUCAGUAUCUGGGACUGUGCGGCCAACUGCAGGUCCUCACCCUGGAGGGAAACCCCGUGUGUUUACAGCCAAACACCACAGCCGCCCAGAUGGGAGACUACAACUACCGGGCUGCAGUUAGGGAAUUGAUCCCUCAGCUGUGCUACCUUGACAAUGUCAGGGUGGGGGACGAGGUGCAGGGCUCCAGUAGCACCAUGGGAGAGGACUGGGUUGUUCUCAGAGACUCCAUCAGAGGCUCCUCAUGGGUACAAGAGAAGACCCCAGACGUCUCAGGAUUCUCGAGCAGACCCGGUUCAGCAUGUCGUCCAGGCACCAGCUCGUCGUCGGGAUCCAGACCUCGUACUAGUGCCAGACCCUCUUCAGCAGCCUCAACUCCUAUCUCCAGACCUGGAUCCGCCGAGUCGGUAGUUGAGGAGGAAUCCAGCCAUCUUGUGCACGGAGCUGGUGAUAUUGUGUACUGUGGAAACCCUGUGCGGGCGAUCCGAGCACGGCGGGAAAAGUUGAAGACUGCACCCACCUGGUUCAGCUUCACCCCGUCACACCUGCCGAUCUACGUGCCAGAGCGCUCUUAUGACCUUCAGGACGGCGACGGGAAGGAACGUGGUGAUGUCUUCGCUGAGCUGAGAGCUUGGCGAGAGCAGCACAGCAGGCGUCUACAGGAAAUAAAGAAAGAUAGAGCACCGCAGGUGUUGAUGAUUCAGCAUGGCAGUGAUAAAGAUAGUGAUGGAGAGGAUGGCAGUGACGACAGGAGUGAUGAAGAAUGGAGUCAGGAACCUUCUGCCUCAUCUCAGUCUCCUUUCCAAUCUCUGACUCCUGAUCUUCACACUGAGACCUUCAAUCCUGAAACGGUGAAACUGUCCUUGUCUCCGGACAACGGCCUGUUCCCUUCGCCUCCUUCAAACAUUGAAGCUGGCUGCAAACAGCUGUCGAGGUUUCGCGCACAAAGGCUUCGGAUUAACAAGGGAAGUUCUGCACACCUCGUGUCUCUGAAUGGAGACCAGUUACGGCCUGAGGCUUCUGUUGUGACACGCCAAGAUCAACAGGGCAAAGAGCAGGAGCGUGCCCACCUCCGGACCUCUGACUGGCGACAGAGCAGAGUAAACACAGUGACCCGACCUCACACAGCUCAGGCAGCCCUGCAGAAACACCAGCAGCAUCACAAGCGUCCGCCCUGCAGAGGGAGCUCACACACAGAGUGUGAGUGACCUGUGGAAGCCCGCGUUCAUCAGCCUAUUCUAAGGAAGCUAUCAAGGAAGUAAAUAUGCAACAAUUUUAGUUGCAUUGAAAUAAACAUUUGAAUACAUACACCAGUUCUUAUGAAAUGUUUUGACCUCAUUUUAAUGUAAGCACAUUUUCAUGAAGCUCAUGUUGACUUUCUAACUCCUUCAGGUUCUAACUGUAUGUUGG